CCUGCGGAUACAAGAGCCCCUUAAGAAACCUUUUUGUUUUUGAAAGAGACACAAGUGGACUACAUGAGCCAAAUGAUGACUGCAAUAUUGAAUGACUGGGAUAAGGAGUGAUUCGCCUCCAAAAACUCAACUAAACAAAAGCCACAGGUUCCAGAUUCAAGGAGCGGCGCCGAUGUCAGGAGCCGGCGUGUGAGGCCAACUCCGGGCUGUUUUACAUCGCAGCCUUUGAACGCGUCUUGGGAAGAUCAGGAUGGCCGGAGUCUGCGCCUUGUGCCUGCUCCUGCUCUGCUGCUCAGAGCGACUCUUAGCCAGAUCGCACGACGGAGCGGGAAGAAUGAAAGAUCUCCGCGUGUCCAGGCCUCUGAUCGUGCCAGGAUACCCAGAAAACAUCACCGUGACGGUGAGCGGUCAGGCAAAGCUGCUGUGUGAAGUCCACCGGCCGACAUCCACCAAGGUGCAGUGGUUGAAGGCGGAGCUUUCGGGAGGAGCGUUGGGCCUCAGACCACUCACGCCCUUGCAGAGAAAUGCGUCCAAGGUGAACACCUUGCAUCUAUCCAACAUCAGCCUGGACGACGCGGGCGAAUAUAUCUGCAUGGCCGAAAGCAAACACAAAGGGAAGACUGUGCAAGCUAUGCAGUCCGCGUGGUUGCAAGUCCUGCCGGGUGCCGUUAUUUCCAAAAUGGCGGACAUGACGGAAACGAGGAUCCCGCAAGACGAGCUGCGUGAGGAAACCGCAGAUCAUCUCCACCUCGAACUGGGCAAGGUCCUGAAAUUGCGCUGCGACAUAACCACUCGGCCGGGCAUGGCGGUCAACUGGUACAAAGAGGGAACCCGCCUGGUGCCCACUCCUCGGAUCCAGAUCCGCGGCGCCGCCAUGGAAAUCGCUGAAAUCACAUACGAUGACUCGGGAGUUUACGUGUGCGCCCUCCGUGGAACCAGAGGACCUGUGAGGAACUUCACCGUCACAGUGACCGACUCGCUGGGCUCAGGGGAUGACGACGAGGACAACGGCUUGGAUGACGAGAUUGAAACUGACCAAGUUUACCUUUCUAGAGGUCCUUACUGGACCCACACCCAACGGAUGGAAAAGAAGCUGUAUGCCGUUCCGGCGGGUAACACGGUCAAGUUUCGUUGCCCAGCCAUGGGCAGUCCUAUGCCCAGCAUUCGUUGGCUCAAAAACGGAAGAGAGUUUCGAGGCGAGCACCGUAUCGGGGGCAUCAAGCUGAGGCAUCAACACUGGAGCCUGGUGAUGGAGAGCGUUGUGCCUUCAGACAGAGGAAAUUACACCUGCGUGGUGGAAAAUAAAUAUGGCUCCAUUGCUCACAGCUAUGUCCUUGACGUCUUGGAGCGUUCCCCCCAUAGACCCAUCCUGCAAGCAGGUCUACCGGCCAACACCACGGCAGUAGUGGGCAGUGACGUCCAGUUCCAGUGCAAGGUCUACAGCGAUGCGCAGCCACACAUCCAGUGGCUCAAACACAUCGAGAGGAACGGCAGCCGAUACGGCCCUGACGGGACGCCGUACGUCCAGGUUCUCAAGACCGGAAGUCUGAACAUGUCCGAGGUGGAGGUGCUCUACCUGUCUAAAGUCACCAUGGAGGAUGCGGGAGAGUACACCUGUCUGGCGGGAAAUUCAAUCGGUUUCGCCUACCAGUCGGCCUGGCUCACCGUCCUUUCGGAGGAAGAAGCCGCAGACCCGGUGGACGCCAUGGAGACCAAGUAUACAGACAUCAUCAUCUACGCCUGUGGCUUCCUGGCGCUGAUCAUGGCCAUCGUUAUCGUGGUUUUGUGUCGGAUGCAAGUCCACCCCAGACGGGAGCCCUUUGAUGCCCUCCCGGUCCAGAAGCUUUCCAAGUUCCCGCUGCGCCGACAGUACUCGGUGGACUCCAACUCGUCAGGCAAGUCCAGCGCGUCUCUGAUGAGGGUGGCUCGCCUUUCAUCCAGCUGCUCUCCCAUGCUGGCCGGAGUGAUGGAGUUUGAAUUACCCCACGACCCCGACUGGGAGUUCCCGAGGGACAACUUAACACUGGGAAAGCCUCUGGGGGAAGGUUGCUUCGGCCAAGUGGUUCGGGCCGAAGCCUACGGCAUCAACAAGGACUCUUCGGACCAAGCUACCACUGUUGCGGUUAAGAUGCUUAAAGACGACGCCACGGACAAAGAUCUUGCCGACCUCAUCUCGGAAAUGGAGCUGAUGAAGGUGAUGGACAAACACAAGAACAUCAUCAACCUACUUGGGGUCUGCACUCAGGACGGACCUCUGUACGUACUGGUGGAGUACGCCUCCAAAGGCAGUCUGCGCGAGUAUUUGCGAGCUCGACGGCCACCGGGGAUGGACUACACUUUUGAUGUCACCAAAGUACCCGAGGAGCAGCUUACCUUCAAGGAUUUACUGUCCUGUGCCUACCAGGUGGCCCGAGGGAUGGAAUAUCUCGCUUCCAAACGGUGCAUCCACCGAGAUUUGGCGGCCAGGAAUGUCCUGGUGACGGAGGACAACGUGAUGAAAAUUGCCGACUUCGGCCUGGCAAGGGGCGUCCACCAGAUCGACUACUACAAGAAGACCACCAACGGACGCCUGCCAGUGAAGUGGAUGGCACCCGAGGCCUUGUUCGACCGAGUCUACACGCAUCAGAGCGACGUGUGGUCGUUUGGCGUUCUCAUGUGGGAGAUCUUCACCCUGGGGGGCUCGCCGUAUCCCGGUAUUCCCGUCGAGGAGCUCUUCAAGCUGCUGAAGGAAGGACACCGCAUGGACAAGCCCUCCAACUGCACCCAUGAACUCUACAUGAUGAUGCGUGAGUGCUGGCAUGCAGUUCCCACCCAGAGGCCCACCUUUAAGCUACUGGUGGAGGAGCUUGACAAGGUGCUGCUGUCUAUCUCUGAUGAGUACUUGGACCUGUCGACGCCCUUCGAGCAGUACUCGCCGUCGUGCGAGGACACGUCCAGCUCGUGCUCGUCCGACAACGACUCGGUUUUCACGCACGACGCGAUGUCCACUGAGCCGUGCUUGCUGGGCUACCAGGACGCUCGCCCCCGAGCGGACCCCAAGACGGCCCUCCGAUAAGACCCCCAUGCCACAGUUGGACUUUUUUUUUUUUUUUAAACGGAGCACUGAGGACGGAUGUACUUCGGACAGCAGCAACAGCCAGGACGUUUUGGUAAAGCACGGCACUCAAAAACCCGAAACCCAGAAGAAGUCGGAGGAGGGAGGGGCCCCACCACCCUUCCCCAAAAGUUAUUUUCAAAGAGAUUUUAUUUUAACAAGGACAAAAAUAUUUAGAUUUAUUUUGCUAUGUUAAAAAAGAAGCGAUUGUUAAAUAUAAAUCUCUCUAUAUAAGAUUUUACUUUUGUGUUGCUUAUUUAAAACAGUCUUAAAUCUCAGGAUCUCUUGUUCUGAAAAGAAAAAAAAAGUUGGAGGACGUACCUGAAUUUAUGAUUUCCUGUGAAUAUAUUAGAAUAAUAAAAUAUUGUAUGUAUAUAUCAUCAAGUGGUAACGCAAAUACAAUUGCCUUUAUAAAUUAUUUUGUAUGACACGAAA